CCACAGCCUACCCAAUGACUGACAGAGCAGAACAGGAAGUUCGAAGAUCUGCUGCCAUUGCUGCUGGUGAGAAAAUGUGGAGUGACUCAAAGUGAUUGUUCCUCCACAUUGAGCGGAACUUGCACGCAAAUUUAGAUUCUUCUGCAAAAGCACAGUUGAGUCAGAGUUGCGUUGUUGUGUUAUCAUCCGUGUGUGAUAUUCCUCACGACAUUUUCAGUUGGCAGUGGUAAGGGAUUGGCGAAAAUAAAGGGGAAUUGAAUUCCAGAUAUUGGGAACUUAUAUGAAAGAAAGACAAGAUAUGGAAGACCAUGACAGAGAGGUCAUUCGUAGAUGCUAUGUUCGGCUAGAGAAAAACCUUGAGGCUGGACCACAUCUCAGUCAGCUCUUCCAAGAUGAUGUCCUCAGUGAAGAGGAUAUGGAGAAGAUAAAUGCAAAACCAUCAACCAAAAAGCAAGCUGCCAAACUACUGAAGAUAUUAUGCAGACGGAAAUAUGGAUUACGCAUGUUAAUUAAAGCUCUUCUCCUGGCAAAGAUCCAGGACUUUCUGGCAUUUGAGCUGUUAGAAAGAGUUGCUUGGAAUGAUGAAGAAAUAAAAAACUUCCGCGAAGAAGUUGAUGGGAAUUUAGACCGAUGCCAAAUCAUUGAGAUUCAAAAGGCAGCACUGCAGAAGCAGUACAAUGAAUUGGAACAAAAGUACAACCAACUAGAAGCAGACUAUCACCAGACUGUCAAAGAACUCAAUCACAAAGUUAUUGAUCUGCAGCAACAAAUUGAUGAUUACCAUCAGAGUGAUGCAGAACCUAACAGAAAUGAAAUCCAAAGAUCAAAUAGCAUUAUGUCAUGGAUGUUUCAUAAGAAAUCCCAAAGAAAAGAGAGACGGCAUUAAUCUUAGAUUUGUAAAGCGGCAUUGUCACCAGAUUAAUUCCAGAGGGCCAAAGGAAACUUCAACCAACCAGAAAAAAAGAUUCCAUUACAAUCCACUGUAUUUAACAGGCCAUCCACUCUAAACUAUCAGUCACAUCCUCAAAGAAACUUCUAAUGACAUUAAAAAUAAUCAGAGAUUAUUACAUAAUCGACCAGAAGUAAACUAGUGACAAUGCUGCUUUAAGAUGGAAUUUUCAGGGGCAAAGACAGGGGGAUGGCCCAGAGGGUUCCCCUUCUUGCAGCCAAAAAUACAGUAAAUGUAUGAGAUAUUAUCUAAAAUACAGGAGAAAAUUCCUUGACAGGGCAUUCUGGGACCCCCCUGUUAAAAAUCCUGGCUUCUCCGCUGAUUUUAGUGGAAUUAGUAUUGUAAAUAUGUUAUCUUAAACUAUGCAUAAGCCUUUUUUUCUGGAAUUUCACUUUGUCAUAAGUUACCGUACUGUAUGCAAAGGGAAUGCUUAGAGAAAUAAGUAAAAGAAUAAGGUUUCUUUAGUUUGCCCUUCAAUAUCUGGGUACAUUUUUUUGGACACUUUUUUAGCAUUUUUUUAACCAAUUUCAGUAAUUCUUCCCUUUGCAAAUCAUCAAAUGUUGUAAAAUAUUUUGAUCUAAGAUAUUUUUAUAGCAAACAUAAUAUUUUAUAUAAUAUAGAUGUUAUACCUUUUUGCUGCAGCUGUUCUUUUUAGGAUUUUGUUCAACUUUUACAUAUUGUGGCCUAAUUAUCGCAUUUUUAAUUCAUAAGUUGUUUAGGUAUUUGAAUUUUCCCAAUCAGGGGUGAGCCAUUUGAUCUUUGUUUUUUGUUGUUGUUGUUUUGUGGGAAGGGGCUGGGGGCUAGAAGAAUCGACUAAUGCAGAAACUUGCUAAAGAUAAAAGUUGUUUGGUUAGAGGGUAAAGGUUUAUCGAUAUCCUUUAAAAAAAAAUGUCUUUUUGGUCGAUCGAGUUUGCGAGCGUGCCCUUUGCAAAUCAUGUGACUUUUUGCGUGGAAAUUCAAACCAAAAUAAACCCCUGAAAUGUCUGCGCCGGAGAAGGACGAAAAGAUAAAACCUUUCAAAGAAAAUGAUCCAUCUCUGGCAAAGAAACUUUUUGGAAAAUUCACAAACCCUAAAAAAGCAUCUUUUUGUGAAAAGCCUGAGCGCUCGUGAGUGUGCCACCCAAAAAGUCACGUGACUUCUUCGUUCAAGUCGAAUAUUUUGACACGCUAAUCUGUACAAGCAAACCUAGGCUAGAGUUUGAAGUAAAUAUGAUUCAAAUAGAUAGUUUGUCUAAAAAUAGAAUAGUGUGACUUUUGCUAGGACCAUUGUUACCGCUGUUUGUUACUUAAGGACUCUGGGAUCAUAGCCCAUUCUAGUUCAAAGGACAAUUGUCGAAUACACUCUUUUUUAUAAGAGCCUUUUUAUAAGAACGUCCAGCCUGAUAUUUUACCAAAAUUUAGGAACAUGCUAAGAACAUGCCGAGGCUCAAGAUAGUAGAAAAACGUUUCUUUUUUUAGUCCUGAUGCGUUCUAAAAUGCAGAAUCAAAUUGUGCUCAUAGUAACAACCUUAUUAUUGCUAUUGAUCAUAAGUGUAAUUCUCUUCCUAAUUCAUUGGAUAUUAUAUUCUUAUAUACACUAAAAUUUAAGAACAUCGUUAUGAACAUAUCAGCCUUAAUAUGUCCCAAAAAUAAGAACGGCCCAGCCUCAACUGAAAAAAUAGUCGUUCCUUUAAAAAAAGAGUGUAUUUGAAAAUUUUAAAUAGCUUUAUCCUUAAUAAUCUAAUCUACAGCAUCCUCUUGAAAAUAAAGUACUCACAGCGCUUUAAAAAAUAUAUAUAUAUAUAUUUAUUGAUAACCGCUGUAAAUGUG